ACUGUAAAACAAUAAUUUACAGGUAGACAGCAAUGAUAUCUGGCCAGUAGUGUACCUCACAACAUCUAAACACAUUAUUAUCGGUAUUCCACUAAUGAAGAAGAGCGACACUUCAACAGGGUUUAGCAGAACCCCUGAAAUACCCGCCACUCUGCAGCUACUGGACACGUUUGGGAUCUUUUUGAGAGAGUUGUCUUCUGAACUCUCUGCUGAAGAGCCAGUGAGCACCUACAGAGCAGUGCAAAGCUAGCUCCUACAAUCACUGUAACACUAAAGGAAGCAGUCAGAGGGAUAAUCUACAACAGGAAACGGUUACAAGACACUUUUGAUUACACUGGCUCCCUUUAUCUAGUAUCGACACUACCAGUAAAAACAGACAUCUCGGCGACAUUGCUGACCACCCUAGACCUGACUGAUGUAGUCCCUGGCCCUCAGCUGGACAAGUUCCAUGAUACUUCCAAAGAAAACAGGCUGCAGCUCUUUUUAACACCCGGCUACGACGUCACUGAAGUGUUCAAGUACGCAUUUGAGCAGCUGAAACCGCCAAUUUUCGCGACCUAUAAAGUGACAAACGGUCAUCCUGGUCUCGCCUUCACGCUAGAUCUUCAGUUCUUUCUUGAGCAAAAGAUAUCAUUCGAUUUUAUCGAGGUGGCUCUACCCUUUCCUAACCGCGGUCCUAUUAACUCUCUGAAGUUUGAACCUCAAAACAGUGAUGUGGUAAUGAACAAGAAGAAAAAUCAGAUUAUUUGGAGACGAGCUAAACCCCCCGUUACAGAAAAGUUAUCACUGACGGGUAACCUCACGUUUGACUCCCGCCAUUCCCGUCUGGACGGACAUCCCCAGCUCAGAGACCUCAACUCGUACGCGGACAUCUCCUUCAAGUCAAGUUCCACUACAAUGAGCAAGAUGAGGCUAGAUAGGGAAUCUGUGACGGUGUUUCCUGGUAUCAAGUUCAGGUUGAACUACGAGGUGAAGAGCACUGGUCAGAGUAUAAGGGUAUGGAACUCUGUCGGGGAAGUGUUUGAUCAGUAGAGAGAUUCAGUAUCAAUGCCACUGCAAAACAAGAAACUGUUUGAUCAGUAGAGAGAUUCAGUAGCAAUGCCACUGCAGAACAAGAAACGGUUCGAUCAGUACUAGUAGAGAGAUUCAGUAGCAAUGCCACUACAGAACAAGAAACGGUUCGAUCAGUAGUUUUGAAGAUAACGCAGAUGGAAGAGUUUUGAUAUUUACUUAAUUUAGUUAUGUUUGUUCCAAGACGGUUGUUAAUUUAUUUUUGUUAGACUUUUGGAUGAUUCAAGAAUAACUUAAUAAUAUUAUUAUAUGAUUGUCAAUUACUGAACGUCAAAACUUUUUUGUGUAACUU